AGGAAGGGCAGGCCGGCCUGGGAGCUGGAGCUCUGCUGGGGGCAGAGAAGAUCCCUAAGUCCGGAGGAAGGAGGCUGGUGGGGGGCUCUGAGGAAUCCACGGCCCGGGUCUCAGAGCACAGUCUGCACAGACAGCCCCGCGGGCUCAGACAUUAUGGAGCACGGAGCCACUGGGAGCUCUGCAGCCGCUGGCAGGGACCGGGGCACAAUCUUUAUUAGAACCAGAGAUGAUCGCAUGGGUGCUGUGGAUGUGCGUUGGGAUGACACCGGGGAGGAUCUGAAGAGGAAGGUGAUAGAGGAAAACAUCCACCUUUACGAUGUUGACGAGCUUACACUGAUAUUCGCAGGCAAAGAGCUGGAAGAUGCCAGGAGUCUGCGGCACCAAGGGCUGACCAAUCACUGCACUGUCCAUGCAGUGCGGACCUUGCGCGUUAAUGUUUGUUUUGCACUGCCCGGCAGUGGUGAUCCAAGCUUCCUUCCUCCAGCUAUCCAGAUACAGCACAAAGAAAAUGCAAAAAGAGCUGUGGCUGAUCUUAGAAAUUCCACCUUAUCAAAGAAAGACUGCAAGCGGUGCAUCAGCAAGAUCCUUCCAGAGGUAACGCCAGAGAUUGUUCCAGGCACAGAGGAGAACAGGACCGUCUACAGAGCUCGCAUCCCCAGCGCUGGCUCCUUCCGCUGCUCUGAAACAGGGCUUGGCUUUGAGGUGAGCGCAGCAGUGACCGUCGAGUACGAAUACGGCUCCUGGGCGGAGAGUCUGAGCCCAUCUGCCAGGCAGGAGUGGAUGGUCGCCGGCCCCCUGUUCCACAUCAGGGCCGAGCCCGACACUGUGCGAGCCGUGCACCUCCCCCACUUCGUGUGCCUUGCAGCUGCAGGCGGAGGGGAUUUAAGUUCAUGCCAAAUCGCCCAUUUUGAAGCUGGCCACAUGACCCUGGAAACGCCAACGAGAAUCCAUCUCUUCCAUGUUGUCCUGGAAAAUCCCAGCUUCUCCCAGCUCGGCGUGCUUUGGAGAAUGAUACGUUCGGCCAUAACGUUUAUUCCCAUCCAUUCCCUUGUGCUGAUCUACCGGGCACUCAGGGCUGCAGACGUUACACUCCACCUCUACCUGAUACCCAACGACCACUCACUCAUGAAGGCCAUUGAAGAAGAAGAAACGAAGUGGGAGUCAAAGCUCAUUCCCAAACCUCCUCAGGCCAAUGCGCUGUACUUUGGAUCUCAGUAUGAGGUGUCUGGUACAUCAGAGCUAAAGAUAACACCUGACCAACUGGAGCUCUGCUAUAGAAGCCCCACAGACCAGCAGCCUUAUAUUGAGCUCUACAUGACGGAUCUGGAGGAGGAAAUCAAGCUUCACAUGAAAGACAGAAAAGAUGGGAAAUUGGUUUGGAAGACGUUUGUGAGGCCAGGGGACGUUAAAAUUCCUGCAGCAUCGUCCCAAACACUCACAGCUCGAGGCGUGUCCUUUGUGAAGAAGCACCGGGAGCAGCUCCGUUGUCGAAUGGGAGUGAUCUAUCCCAUCCUGGCGCGCUUACGGGACAUAGAGGCAAUGAACAGUGAUGAAGAGGAGGAGGUGCUUAGUAUGCAGUCCAGGCCAAAGAGGAUGAACGAGGUCUUACUGCAGCUGGUUGAGCGGAAGGGAGCUCAGGCCCAAGAAGAACUCUACCAGACUCUCAGAGAGAUGGACCCUUUCCUUGUACAGGACUUGGAGCACUCCAGCUAGGCCCUGGAGAUGCCGCUAACAGCCACCUGUGCUCCUGGCUGUGCCACCGCCAGUCUGGGGUGUGAACAUAUUCUUACCUUUGUUAUUUACGCAGCAACAUAAAGCUGGUUUGAUACGAGGAGCUUUUCAUCACUGUGACCUUUAGACUACCGCUACCUCUCGCUCUUCCCUGGUCUCUCAGCAUUUCUUCUUGGGAUCUACCUGCUCUCCUCUUGUCCUACUCACAGUCUGGGGAAGCAUUUCCUUCUGUCCUCUACCCUCUAGACAAAAUAGGGGUCUUAGGCUCCCGGCUGUCAGUACCGGGUAGACCCCUUUGCGCGAGGUUUCUGCAUGUUUUCUCCUCAGAGACAGAAGAACGGGUUGAAUCUUUCCAAACAUACAGCCGAUCUCUCAGUUAAACAAGCUUUAUUUGGAAUGAAAGAGAGGAACAUUUUUAAAUAAACAUAAAUCUUUUUUUCUCAUCUCCAAA